AAAAACGUACAUGAUUCGCGGGAAACAGUGAAAAAUGGCGACUUGCAUAGUUUGAACUUUAGCGCCUGUAGCCUUCUGAAACAGUUGACUGUAGCCACAGCGUUUGCAGUAAAGGUGCAGCUCAGUGCGAAUGGAACAAUUUUCUGCUGCAGCGAAAAAUAUAUCAAGUUUCCUCUCGCCCGUAGCGGAAGAUUUUCAAGGGGUGUGAGCCAUCGUCGGUAGCAUCAUGUUGGAGCCAGCAUACAGAGACGUGCACUGCAGCCCCGAGGAGCCUGCAGCGCUGCAGACCCCGAAAAGGGGGCGUGGCAAUGUGGAGCUGGAGAGCAGCCUGUCACUGGGCCAGUACGUCCUCUGUCGCUGGGCCGACGGACUCUACUACCUGGGGAAGAUACAGAGAGUGAGCGCCUCUAAGCAGAGCUGCUUCGUCACGUUUGAGGACAACUCUAAGUUCUGGGUCCUAUGGAAGGACAUCCAGCAUGCUGGUGUCCCGGGAGAGGAACCUAAGUGUUCCAUGUGCUCGGAGUCGGAGCUGGGCUCGGACAACGAGAUCCUGAUCUGCGGCAAGUGCGGGAUAGGGUACCACCAGCAGUGCCAUAUCCCACCAGUAGAGGGCAGUGUGGAGCAGUCUCCCUGGUUCUGCCGGCGUUGUAUCUUUGCUCUGGCCGUGCGGAAAGGGGGCGCUCUGAAGAAGGGUCCCAUAGCCAAGGCCCUACAGGCCAUGAAACAGGUGCUGGCCUACAACCCUGAUGAGCUGGAGUGGGACUCCUUGCAUCGGACCAAUCAGCAACAGUGUUACUGCUAUUGUGGCGGGCCGGGAGAGUGGUACCUGAAGAUGAUCCAGUGCUUCAGGUGUCAGCAGUGGUUUCACGAGGCAUGCAUCCAGUGUCUGCAGGAGUCCAUGAUGUUUGGAGACAGGUUCUACCUGUUUAUCUGUGCGGUGUGUAACCGAGGGUUGGAGUAUAUAAAGCGUGUGGCGCUGCGCUGGGUCGAUGUGGUCCACCUGGCCCUGUACAACCUUGGAGUUCAGAGCAAGAAAAAGUAUUUUGAACUGGAGGAGAUCCUGGCCUUCGUCAGCAGCAACUGGGAGCACUUCCAACUGGGCAAGCUGUCCAACACUCCGCCCCCUGAUCGAGGACAGCACCUCCUGGAUGCCCUCAACAACUACAAGAGCAAGUUCCUGUGUGGGAAAGAGAUCAAGAAGAGGAAGUGCAUCUUCCGCCUGCGGACCCGCGUGCCCCCCAAUCCCCCCUCCAAGCUCUUCCCUGAGCGCGCUCAGAGCGAGGGCAGGAGAGGCAGGAAGAAGGGCGGAGCCAGGAACAGCUCCGCCCCUGCUGAGAAGAGGAAGAAGAAGAGGUCUAAGUGGCUGCUAGAAGACGCUAUUCCCAACAAUGAUUUGAGUUCAUGGAGUUCCAACCAUCACAUGGCCAACAUUUUUGACUUCACUUUGGAUGAGCUGCAGAGUCUGAAAAGCACCAGCUCUGGACGGACUCUCAGCCUGGAUCUGGACUCUACUGAUGCUGCUAGCACUUCUGGGUCUGCCACAACGAGUGUCUCCUAUGACUUGAGGAAGAAGGUGGGAAGCCGCAAGAGAAAGUUGCCCAGCUGCAGCUAUAGCCAACUGGCCAACAGGAGAGAGGUUGUGGAAAGCGAUCUUCCUGGAGAGGAGGCUUCUGGGAUGCUGGAAGACCAGACCAUCGACAGCCACACCUUCGACAGCAUCAGCGAGGACGACUCCUCCCUCUCCAACCUCAAGUCGUCCAUCAGCAGUUACUGGGGCGCGGCCGGGAGGCUGACUUGCGGGGAGCGGUACCAGGUUCUGGCCCGCCGGGUCACUCCCCAGGGAACGGUUCAGUACCUGGUGGAGUGGGAGGGGACCACACCAUACUGACAGGUCGCCACGCACCACACUGACCAAAUCCCAACUGGCAACUGACCAUACCGUCGACCAAUCACCACGCCCCGUACUGACCCCUACCUUUGACAUCAGCUCUCGGCUGCAGACGAGAGCUGGAGGGGGAGGAGUCGCAGGGUUUCGUGGCAGCCUAUCAGAGCCCUGCUAGAUUCUCCUGUAGUUGUUGUGUUUGACAGGAGAGUGCAAGUUCACCUCUUGUUUUAUUUUGUUUAUUUUGUUGUUGUUGCAAUUUUUCACUUUAGGCACGCAGUUAGACUAACCAACAAAAAAAAGGGAGACCAGCGCAUCAGAUGACGACACCUGGAUUCAAACCCCGGUUUCUAACUAAAACCUGUACACCAACCACCUAACAAUCUGAGAUUCAGCUCCGCUCCCAGCAGUAGUAGUAGUAAAGUAGUGUAUUUUCAGUAUCAGCCUUCAUAUCUGUGUCGUCCUCCCCCACCAUCUCCCUCCCUCUAUACCUAGUCCCAAACAAAGCUAUAUACGCCUAACUGUUUUGUUGCCAGGCAACGCUAGCCUCUUGGACGUUCCGUUAAGAAGUGUUCUGGAACUGUCGGAGACAUCGUUGCCGUUGUGUUCCUCGUCGCAGUUUUCGAUGACGUUUGAUUCCAACCCUGAGUUUGGGAUGUGUGUAAACUGGUAUGUUACAACAGUACUCUCUGCUCUCCUGUUCUGUGCACAGUUUUCCUCCCUCUCUCCGUUGCACUAUCGACACAUAUUGUAUAACUAUGCAAGUACUGAUGUUACCUUGAUAACCAAAUAUUAUCGAAAUGAGUAAAUGUUUCCUUGAUAACCACACUAGACCUUUGAUUAAUUGGUAGCCACAUGCUAUGAUUUAUAUCCUUUUGUUAAACAAAGUUUUCGGCUACGUUGGAUAUUUCCCAGUUUCCUUCCCUGUAACUCCCAGCCUGUAAGCACUUAACGACGGUAGUGUUUGAAGUAUAUUGUUUGUUAAUUAUUACAGUAUGACUGCAUAUAGUCUCUAAAACAGUUCAUAACCUUUCAGAAUGAUAUGGAGUUGAGGCCUGUCAUAGUGUCUUACAUGACCUAUGUUUGUUUUUGUUUCCAGUGAAUUUAUUCUAGUGUUGUAACCACAAUUGCCUGAGAGGAGCCUAAAAAUGUUGACUUCUACUUGUAUUUAUAAAUACAUGCGGUUGAAGACGAAUGACUGUGACAUUGUUCUGUUUCAUCACGUUAGCUUGUUCAGACCCCUCUAAAGAGCCUUAUGUACCAAGCCUCUCUUUUCUAUAUCCCCUCUCUCUUACUUCUCUCUAUCUACCUGUCAUCUCUCUUCUCUCUCCCUUUCUCCCCUCUCCUCCAAUUUCCUCCUCUACCGCUUUUUAGAACUGUUACUGUGUAUCUCUCAGCGGGUCCUUAUGCUGUGCCCUGAUUGAAUGAUGGAUGAUAAUGUGAUUCUGUGUACGUUACGUUGAGCUGCAAUAAAACAUAUCUGACGUA